AUGUCCAAGCAAUCUCCUUGGGUGAAGAAGCGUCACGUUGAGACCGCUCGAGCAAAAUCGCAACAGCGGCAGAGGCGUAAGAAGAGUCUGUUCAAAAAGGCAGCGGAAUUCAGCCUUGAAUGUGAUUCCGACGUCUUCGUGGCUGUCCGCAUCCGAAAAACCGGGCAAAUAUAUUAUCUUGAUUCAUCCUCACUAAGCCAGUGGAUCAAUACUUUGUCCAACCUGGAAUCAUACUACCCUUCUCCAAUCCAGGAGAUAAUGGAGGAUAUUAUACCCCAGGUUGAGCCUUUCCCAGAGCCGGGAGGUACACCAGCUACACCAAAAAUGAAAAAUGUCUGA